UUGCAGGUUGUUGGGGCAUCCUUUUUAAUCCUACAGUGUUGCGAUGGUGGGCGUUCAAGUCUUUCGAUUGUGGAAGAUGGGUUUGUCGCCAACGUGACAAAGGAACAAUUCAAAGCCAUUCUGGUUCAUAUGAACAGCGCCUCUUCAAUGCAACUCAGAAUCGAAACUACUCAGCCACUUCCUGAAUCAUUGCUCUCUUUGCUACCCGGCUCAGAACACCCCCCGACAUCUAAUAAUGGGGCCCUUAUAACUUUGAAUUGGAUUAAUGAGUCAGUUCCUAUGCAUCCGACUUCGUUACACUAUCUUAGACGGUGCACUCCAGAGCGAUUCCCUAAACUCGCUCGCCACACAUUUCAUGCGCCUCUACGGGAGCAUCAUCCUAACCCCCAGCCUUCUCACCAUGUCAUUGGAUACUACCGUGGAAGAGUUGUAAUAAGCCUUCCUUUUACCUUGACUGAUAUUUGUGGAUAUGUUAAAUUACUAUCAUCUUGUAUCGGGUAUUCCUGUGUCGAUGGCCGGCCAAUUGAGCCCGGGCGUACUUUCAUAAUUCCUCCAGAACAUCAACUGCGUCAUUGGUUGAUACGUCAUCGUCUCUCUGAUCCCGAGGCAUUUAAUAACCCUUCCUCCACUCCCUCAGCUCUACCUCGUGUCGCCUGGACACGUCUUCACAGUUUGGCCGAUCGUCCGGUCUAUGCCGUGGACAAUCGUUGGGGAGAGGUUUUGGAUUGCUUUGCCGUUUUCAACGCAGUUUCUUCAACAUUCAUUAAUAUUUACGCUUUUUUCCAAUUGCGUCUCCUCUUCCGCUAA